CGUGCGCUGUGCGUCCGCGGUGACAAAUUAUUGCUCUUGCGGAUCGCUGCGCACCCCAGGCGGUCUGCUUGACCAAGCCUUUGCGUUGCCGGAGGCGUCGCGUAGCUUUUUUGCUUGGGAGGCCUCGCGCUGCUCUCCUGUGCCACAGCCUGAAAUACGGUGCUGGCGCCGCGAGACAAUCCGCAGCGCUUGACUUGUGCAACGCACGUGCCUGAAACACACUCACUGAUCUCUGCUCGCUGCGCGGUCAACGAUGGCGCGCGCCGCCGCCCUUCUGCUGGCACUGAGCACUGCCUGGGCCGCAACAAAAGAAGACGACCGCGUCACGUCGAUCCCGGGCUUCGAAGAGCAAUUCCAGCAGGGCCUCGGCUUCGACGUCUACAGCGGCUACCUCGACGUCGACGUGCCAAAAGCCUCGACGGGCUACGAUUCGCUCUCGAUCCACUACGAGCUCCACACCUGCCGUGCGAAGGACUGCCCGCUCGCGCUCUGGCAUCAAGGCGGGCCCGGCGGCUCGGCCGUGUUUGGGGCCUGGACGGAGAUGGGCCCGUUCCAGUUGAUGGCCCAGGGCCCGGUCUACAACGAGAAGAACGCCUGGAACCAGGCGGCGCACAUGUUGUACCUCGAGAGCCCGGCCGGCUCCACGAUCGCGGGCGCCCAGACGGGCUACUCGACGUGUUUCAUUGACGGGAAGAAACAGGACGCCUGCAAGUGGACGGAUGUCACUCAAGCGGUGGCCUACGCCCACACGAUCGAGGCCUUCCUCGAGAAGUUCCCCGAGUACAAGUCCAGUGAGUUGUAUCUGACGGGCGAGAGCUACGCCGGCCAGUACGUGCCGAACAUCGCCUACCACGUGCUGCAGUCUUCAUAUAGUUUCAAGAUCACGGGAUUAGCUGUGGGAAAUGGUUGUUGGGGCGGCACCCAAACUAGCGUCCAGUGCAACGGGCCGAACGCCGAGCGCAACGACAUAGACAUAUAUUACGGCAAGGGGAUGCUUCCCGACAAGCUCUACACCAAGAUCCAGGCCACCUGCGACUGGGACGCCAUUGCGGAGGGCGACGACGACGACGACUCGUUACCCGUGGCCGGGGCGUCGGCGGCCUGCAAUACGUUGUUAGAUCAAGCCGAGGACGCUGUGGGGCCGUUCAACAUCUACGACAUCUACGACGACUGUCCCUUGCUGUGUGGAAAAUCAACCGUGGGUUCGAUUUUUUCAGGUGUAGUAAUGGGCACAGUCGCGUCGAUGGCGUGGCGCGCCUGAAAUUUGAUUUCCACACAGGCCCGCUCGCCGACGCCUGGCACGCGACGAAUCCCCACGUCUCGCAGCGCGCCGUGCGGGCGUUCCACCGCGGCCGCAUGCACCUGAGUCGCUUGGAGCUCGACGCCGCGUUCGAAGCGGCUUUUGAUGUCAAUGGAGGCUACCCCUGGGACUGCAGCUCCGACAGCGCCCUCGACGGCUACUUCACGCGGGCGGACGUGCAGGCAGCGCUCCACCUCAAGGGCCCGGGAAGCGGGUUCAAGUACAAGCAAUCCGGCCCCGCGUCGCAGCUCCUCUGGCCCCACCUCGUGCAGCACAUGCGCGUGCUCAUCUACAACGGCGACGCCGAUUUAUGCGUCCCCUACAAAGGAAACGAGGAGCUCGUCACAAAUCUGGAGACUGCCGGUUCGUUGGUGGAAAAAGCACCGUGGCAGCCGUGGUACGCCGAGAGAGGCUCGCAGAAGGCGCCGGCCGGCUACGUGACGACGUACAGCGUCCCGGGCAAGACGUUUCCAUCGAAGGGCCCGGAUGCAUCCUUCCUCACGAUCCGCCUGGCGGGCCACAUGGUCCCGACGUUCCAACCGGAAGCCGCUCUAGCCUUCAUCGCGCGCUUCUUCCGGGGCGAGGCGUUCUAGGCGCCUCCGCGGCAGCGUGGAGGCCGUGGAGAAGCCACCAGCACGCCUCGCCGCGACCGCGCGCCGCCUCGACGGCGUGGCCAUCGCCGCGACGGCGCGAUACUAAGUAUACUAUGUGAUUACCCGAGCGCGCAGCCACCAGCAUGCGGCGACGGCGUGGGGGGGCACGCCAUCGACGCAACUAAGUAUAUCUAUGUGUAAAA